AUGAAGAUCGUUGUUUACAGCUCAAAGAAGUACGAUAUCAGCUCGUUUUCCGAGUGCAACACAACUUCAGACUUGAAGCUUCAGUUUUUAGAAAUCCACCUCGACAAGACUACCCUUGCCCUUGCAGCGGGUUAUGACGCCGUGUGUAUCUUUGUUAACGAUGUAUGCGAUGCGGAGGUUCUCGAAGGACUAGCGAAGUUAGGCGUGAAAUACAUUGCCCUCCGCUGUGCCGGUUUCAACAAUGUCGACCUUGAAUCUGCCUCCCGGUUUGGCCUUCAAGUCGUCCGUGUCCCCGCCUACUCCCCCGAUGCAGUUGCCGAAUUUGCUGUUGGCAUGAUCAUGACAAUCGUCCGAAAGUAUCAUAAGUCAUACACUCGUGUCCGGGAAGGUAACUUUCUUCUCGAUGGACUCCUAGGCUUCAAUCUCAAGGGGAAAACAAUCGGUAUAAUUGGUACCGGUAAAAUCGGCCUGCUCACUGGGAAAAUACUCUCGAGAGGGUUCGAAAGUAAUGUCAUCGCAUAUGACUUAUAUCGUAAUGAUCAGGCGGCCGAGUAUGGCAUAACUUAUGUCGAUUCGCUUGAAGAGAUGUUGGGGAAGUCGGAUAUUGUGUCCCUUCAUUGCCCUCUGAUGGAAAGCACUAAAUAUAUGAUGAAUGAGAAAACACUUGGACAGAUGAAGAAGGGAGCAUAUCUGAUCAACACCUCUAGAGGGGCGUUGAUUGAUUCUCACGCAUUGAUUGGAGCGCUAAAAACCGGUCAUCUGGGUGCAGUAGGGCUCGAUGUUUAUGAAGGAGAAUCCGCCUACUUCUUUGCAGAUGGAAGCUCCAAGAUCAUCUACGACGACAAUUUUGCCCGUCUCUUGUCAUUCUACAAUGUUUUUGUCAGGUAUGCCCUCUGCACUCCUCCGCAAUUCAAGGCCGGUACUAAGUAA